UUCUGGAACUUUCAGCAUGACUCACGCUAGCACUAACCGGUUUAAAGGAACAGCUGGUCACUAUCCUGUCCGUGCUUCGAUAUGAAACACGACGGUCCCUGUCAAAGUGCAUCAACAACGCGCAAGAUCCGCACCCGUGACCCCUCACACGGCCCCUAUUCUGCAACUGUAAACAUCGGGUGAAGUUAGUUGGAACAUGUGAAUAAUUCGUUGAAGGGCUUCGCGAUCUGUAGUCAAGACAUUGCGCUUCCGCAAAAGUCGACCUUUCCACUGGCGGAGAGUCGACCUCUCUCAUCUGAGCAUCGAGAUGGCUCCACGCUUAGCACUCGGCCAUUGCUUCUUCUCCCAUGAUGAUGUGGAGCUGGCGAGCCUAAUUCCCAACAUCCGGGACCCUGAACUAGAUGCGAUGGAGAACCCUUACCCUCUGCAGAGAAGCGAUUAUACGGUGAAAAGAGUCCACGACUAUUCCGCCCUCCUGCGCACGCAAAGGACCAGGAAGGGCGAAGCCGUUCUGUCGAAAGUCGUCAAAUUUACAUCAAAAAAGACUCGUCUGUCGAACAUGCACCUCGAAGCGCGAACGGGGUAUAUCUACACGCUGCGGAAGCCAUCGGUCUGGUUUCGGCGACUCUGCGAAGAUAAGAUAAUCCGACACUGGUUGCAAGAACAGAUCGAAGAUGGAAACGUGGUCCACUUCGUGGUUGGACUUCACACGCUCUUCGAUGCGGCGACAAGCAGCAACGCGAAUCUAGCCAUGCAGCAUUCCGGGGAGCUCACUAUGCCAGUGAGCGAUGCUGGUGGAUGGUCCAAUCUGUCUCAUGCGGGCGACUUUAGUCUCUCGGGGGGGCAGUGGUAUAAUAAAGAUUCCCAGAAUGCGUGCAAGGCGCCCGGUGAACAGAUCUUUGCGAUUCGCGUGAAAAAGGUCAAGUUUCGCUUCUGGGAUACCCAUGACGUUGAGAACGUGCGUCUGGGCAAGAACAGCUACUGGAAAAUGGCGUCGGACAACAGAAGCGCCACCGAGGACGACUCAGAAAUCGUGGAGGCAUUCUUGGACAAAGCAGAAAAGGCGGAAUCUGACAGCGAAGAUGAUGAAAAGUCCGACAAGUUUCCUGGGCGACUGAGUGACGAUGAUUGGAGCGAUGACGAGCUUUAUUUCAUCGACAGUGAUGAAGAGUGAAGUUGGAGGUAAAUGGCAAGAUAGCCUAAGGACCCAGGGCGGUGGAGCUGCCACAACUUGGGCCAUUUCGCAGCCUGACUGUGUUUUACGUCGAGAUACGCACUAUAAUGAGUUCUAUGUUUUAGUUAUGAGCUGAGCGAUUUGCUUCCUUUGCUUUGUACUGUACAUCAAGUUAUCUUUCCUUUACCCAGAUGCGGAUCUGCGCUAUUUAAUCCCAUCUGGUUUGAGGUUUACAAAUCUAACUACCUUAC